AUGAACAAUGAAAUUACAACGGUAAAGGAAAAGUACGAAAGCAAAAUAAAUGCGUUGCAGGAAGAGAAAGAACAGGCAUUUGAAGUAAUGCAGGCUUACGCUGAAAACAAUCCGACUGAAUUUGAAGGCAAAAAGAGCAAGGACUUUACUCAUGGCACUAUCGGUUUCAGAACCGGUACGCCAAAGCUCUCCCUACGUAAGGGGUAUAAAUGGGCUGGUGUGCUUGACCUGGUUAAGCAGCACAUGAAAAAGUAUAUACGCACUAAGGAGGAGCUUGAUAAGGAUGGCCUGCUGAUGGCACGUAAAGACGUAGACCUUAAAACCGUUGGGCUUGAAGUGGUGCAGGAUGAAAGUUUCUACGUGUCUCCAAAACUUGAAGUUGUAAGCGCAUAG